CCUGGCAACCCAUAAAAAACGUGAUGACGUCUUCCUCACUGUGCGUAUUAUGGGAUGUGUGGAAUUAAACAGAGAGGGCAGUAGAAAGAAAAAAAUAUAUAGCCUAUAAACGGGGUUGAAGUAAACAUGGAGCUAUCCGCUGUUGGAGAGCGAGUCUUCGCGGCGGAGUCCAUCAUCAAACGACGCAUAAGAAGAGUAUGCAGUUUAUUUUCGUUACACCUCCGCGUUUCAAACAAUAAUGGUCGAAUGGAAUACCUUGUGAAAUGGAAGGGCUGGUCUAAAAAAUAUAACACCUGGGAACCGGAGGAAAACAUUCUAGAUGCGCGCCUCUUCGCUGCAUUCGAAGAGAGGGAGCGUGAAAGGGAGUUAUUUGGGCCUAAGAAGAGGGGACCGAAGCCGGAGACAUUUCUGCUGAAGGCCAAAGCGAAAGCCACAGCAAAGACUUAUGAAUGCAGAAGAGAAAUGCCAAGGGGGAUUCGUGUUUCAUACCCCGUUCCGGAGCCUAUGAUUACACCGAGAGCUCGAGAGGGACUAAGGCCUAUCGUGCCCACAAUCUUCCCCCCUAGCACGGUGAACCGAGGAGAGAGCGUGAGGGUCAGACCACCAGAGCCAGAGAGAAGGCCGCGACCUGCGCCUCCGCCCUCAUUCAUGGCUGAGGAAUUUGUCAACAUCCCUAAAAAACGGGGACCUAAACCCAAGUUACGUUUACGAUUCAACAUAGAGCCAGACAGCUGUCCAACAGAGGAGCCUGCGAAGAGGAGUCGGUUAGAGGAGCAACAGGCCCCAUACGGUCUGUCUAAAAUGUCCAGACAUUGUCAUCAUAAAGGCGAAAUGUCUGAGAGAAGUGUCAUCCAGUUGACGCGCUGGUUUCAAGAGGGAACGAGCAUUGUGCCAAAAUCAAACGAUGCGCAAAGACGGGUGGGGACUGUGUCCCAUCCUGGCACCCAUAGCCACGAUGGUAGACUCGUCCAAAAGGCUAGACUCGAUCACCAGAGCCGCAUGACUUUAGAAUGCGUCGGGGGCAUGUCUAUCCCACACCCCAAACUGAAGCAUGUGUCCAAAAACAAUUUCUGCGGAGCCAGUGACUCUUCUUCAUCCAUGCAACAGUCUAGGCCCAUUGUCGUCGCCAAAUCCCAUGCAUCGAGGAGUUCUGGAGAGCAGUCAGCGGUGUCUUGGAGGCCUCGUCUGGAUAACGUUGAGAAUGUGGUGGUCACAGAUGUGACAACGAACUUUUUGACAGUCACCAUCAAAGAGAGCAGCACAGACAAAGGUUUUUUCAAAGAUAAAAGAUGACUUCAUUUCAAUAUCUGCUUCACAUAACAUGACUAACAAUGCAACAGCUAUUUGUAAGAAGUUGGUAAUCGCUUAAACAUUAUCAUUUGUGAUACAUUUUCUACAUCCAGAGUUGUAUGUUUUAAUAUGUAUUAUGUAAUAGUAUUUAAUGUAAUAAUGACCAAAUUAAACAUGUCUAUAUAGCCUAUUUGAAUAUAAUUUUUUGGUUAACUAUUUCGUCUUUUAAAUAUAUUCACAAAGUGCUACAUUUCCUCACCUUCCAAUGAGGCUAUCAGUUAAGUCUGGUUUAAAUGUGGUAGGCUAUAGAGGUAUAGGCCUAGGUCAGGCACAUGUAAUAGCUGUUAUUUAAUAUAGCAAUACAAACUUUCCCUAAUGUUUAAUGCCAUUUUCUGUAAAUGGUGAACAUUUUAUUUUUUAUGUAAAGUAGGCCUAAU